UAGUUGAUAUUUUGAUCCAACUUUCCGUACAAAAAUCAAAGCGGUAAUAAUAUCAAGCAAUCAUUAAGCAGACACCCAAAAGAAAAUAUCUCCCAUUGCCAAUAAAACGCUAGCCAUCUGUUGAAAAGAAGUAAGAGGUAAACAGGGUUUGGAAGUAAAGAGAAGAAAAAAUGGAGUGCUGUGGGAGGCCUAACAGGAGUGAUGUGCAUUUAUCAGUGGAAGAAGAGGCCAAAUUGGAGGAGAGAACGAGGGAAUACUUUGACGAAAAAGCACCUAAACGUCACACUAAGCCUCAACGAAGCGAGUAUUAUUCCAAGUACGAUGAUGCUCUCGCCGACGGUAACAACAACGACUCCACUAUACCAGAAUACGUUGAGUUCCAACGUCUGGAAAAUGAUCCCGAGAAAAUAGUUUACAAUGGAAAUGAAAUGAGAGAGGAAUAUGUGGAGACUGAGUAUUAUAAGGAUCUCAAUUGCGUUGACAAGCAGCACCACACGACAGGAACAGGGUUCAUCAAGGUGGAGAACGCCAAUGGAAGAAGCUUCAGCCUGGAACCAGAUUCAGAUACCAGCUGCCAUGCCUCCUGCAAGGGAAAUCCAGCAACAAACGACUGGAUUCCAGCUGCUUCGGAUGCGGCUUAUUUUGGUUCAGACAAGCCUAACAGGAGUGACCAUUGAAUUUGAAGAACCAGCUGUAUUGUUUAGUUGUCCUUGUCACUUUUCACGUGUUCCUAAAUUGUAAUGUUGAGAAUAAUUUCAGAACAAAUAUUAUGCCAUUCCUGCGUAAAUUAUUAGUUAUUUGAAAUUAGGAUUUCACCA